AUUAGUCCUAAACAUAUGGUCAAUAUACGAAUUUAGUCCAAAACAUUCAUUUUUUGAAAAACGAGUCCAUAACAAAUUAAAUCAUCAUCGAUUUAGUCUUUUUUUACGGUUCCGUCAAAAACUAACGGUCUAACACCCGAUUAUUGAUAUUUUGACCUAAUUAAUAUGCUAAUACAUAAUUAAUUAAAAUAAAAAAAAGAAUUGCAAAAUAGACUCUCUCUUUCUAUUCUUUUCUCGCAUCUCUCUCCUCUCCCUCCUUUCCCCAAAUCGGCACUAUUUUCCUGAGCUCUGGCUGUACGGUGGUGGCGUGAGAUCUGGGCGGUGGUUCCUUCUCGGAGUACCCACGGCUACUGCCGGCAUUCUGGGAAUAUUCGAUGGAUCUGGUGGAGUGCGGGGGAAGAUGUGGGUGGCUCUGCUGUCGGAAUUUUUGGAGACGGCGAGCCUGUGGGGGUGGGGCAUGGGGGUGGGAUGAAGCGGGGCGGUGCUGGAAGCAGGCAGACGUGAACUGCGCGGGGGGCGGCGGGAAGGUGUUGGUGUGUGAGAGUUUUGGAGAGAUUUAUAGGUAUGUGAUGUGUGACAGUGGUGAGAAUGUGUGGCUGGAGCUGCCUCACUGCUCCUUCGAGAGCAGCAGCUGAUGCGACGGGGUGUCCAACGUUGUCCCGGCGUUUGAAAUUGAAUGAAAAAAGCAGAGGAAGGAGGCGUUGGCGCCGUGACGAUCCGACAGAAAUUUGGGGACAUCGAUGGUUUUAUCGCAGAUAGAGGGACUCGACGGUGACUCUAACCACGACGGAUAACACCGAACAUCCGGGGCCGAGGGCUUGAUCGGGCGAAGCGGAGAGCUCACCCUCGUCAAUUCGACGGGCUGGAAAUAAGCGGCUUUGCCGAGGAUAGACAUUGGAGAUAGAGAGAUGCAGGCAGCGUGUUUCAAAGGAGAGUGAGUAUUUAGAAAAUAGUUAAGUGACUAAUAAUCCCAUAUUAAGCCUAAUUGGGUCAAAAUUUCAAUAAUUGACGGUGGACUGUUGACGAAACCAUAAAAAAAUGACCGAAUUAAUAAGAAUUUUAUUUGUCAUGGAUCCAUUUUUUAAAAUAUGAAUGUUUUAGACUAAAUUCAUAUUUUGCUCAUAUGGUUAAGACCAAAAUUGACCUUUACUCUUCUUAAAAUAAAGGAGAAGGACUUGGUAACAAAUAAAGAUGCUCUCAAAAUAGGUUAACGGGCUAUGGGCCUAAAAGUUUUUACUAUUUUGUAACUUUAUCCGUUGAGCCCAAUUGCCUAAAUCUGCAUCGUGGGGUGGAAGCAUAACGGAAAGUAUUGUUUUUGAAGAUAAUAUGUGAAGCAAAAAAUACAGAUAAAAUAGAAUAUUUGCAUAUAAAUUAUAAAUAUAUUGUUAAUAUGUGUGAAGUUCACGCGACAAAGAAGUUUGUGUGAAGUGUAUUAGAAAGUGGUGGUGGUGACUGUUGGUCAUACACAACAUAUAUGCCUUUUCAGGCUAAGCUCUUAUUAGUAUAUAUAUAUUGCACUCCAAGUCCAACCAUACUUGAAUUCACUAAAAAUCUACCAUCAACCAAACUUUUCUCUCUCUCCCUUUCCCUCUCACACACACAAAUCAAGACUGUACUAAACCUUUUGAAGGUGCAGUAAACACUAUAUAUGGAGGUCGAUUUAAAGCCAGCAGCAAAGGUUGCUGAAGAAAGCACUCUUGAUUGGAGAGGAAGGCCUUCCAACCCCCUCAAGCAUGGUGGCAUCAGAGCUGCUGCCUUUGUUCUUGGGCUUCAAGGAUUUGAGAUAAUGGCAAUAGCUGCAGUUGGGAAUAAUCUGAUCACAUAUGUCAUAAACGAGAUGCACUUUUCCCUCUCCAAAUCUGCAAACACAGUCACUAACUUUAUUGGAACUAUCUUCCUCCUCUCUCUCCUCGGUGGCUACCUUUCCGACUCUUUCCUCGGCUGCUUCUGGACCAUCCUUAUCUUUUCCUUCCUCGAACUUUCGGGUUUGAUCUUGCUAUCGGUGCAAGCCCAUCUGCCCCAACUGAAGCCACCGCGGUGCGACAUGCUAAACGAGAGCUCGCAGUGUGAGGAAGCCAAGGGGUUCCAAGCCCUAAUAUUUUUCGUGGCCCUUUAUUUGGUGGCGUUAGGGAGUGGAUGCCUUAAGCCUAACAUGAUAACUCAUGGGGCUGACCAGUUCAACCAAAAGGAUGAAAAGCAAUCCAAGAAACUAUCAUCCUACUUCAAUGCUGCCUACUUUGCCUUCUCAGUGGGCGAACUCGUAGCCUUGACCCUCCUUGUCUACGUCCAGACCCACUCGGGCAUGGACGUAGGGUUUGGGGUCUCGGCAGCCGUCAUGGCCAUGGGGAUCAUCACUAUGAUCUCCGGUACGCUUUUCUACCGGAACAAGCCUCCUCAGGGAAGCGUUUUCACCCCUAUUGUACAGGUGAUUGUGGCUGCAACUUUAAAGAGAAAGCAAGUGUGCCCAUCUGAUCAGGGCAGCCACGCCAUGGAGCCUAAUACUGACAAGCCCAUUUCCGACAGUGUUCCCAAUAGUCAACUCAUCCAAAGAUUCAGAUUCUUGAACAAGGCGUGCAUCAAGAAUGAGCAAGAAAGCGGAUGGAGAGUGUGCAGCUGGGAAAAAGUGGAACAAGUAAAAAUCCUAAUCUCAAUAACACCAAUCUUCCUGUGCACAAUCAUGUUCAACACCAUCCUCGCCCAGCUCCAGACCUUCUCCGUCCAGCAAGCCUCCUCCAUGAACACCCGCCUCAUUAAAUCCUUGGACUUCCACAUCCCACCGGCCUCCCUCCAAUCCAUCCCCUACCUCCUCCUCCUCCUCCUCGUCCCCCUCUACGACUCCCUCUCCCGCCGCCUCCCCUCCCUCUCCUCCCCCCUCCCCCGCAUCGCCGCCGGCCUCCUUCUCUCCACCUUCUCCAUGAUCUCCGCCGCCCUCGUCGAGCACAAGCGAAGAAACGAAGAUCGAAUGCUAUCCGUGUGGUGGCUGGCGCCGCAGUUUGUGAUAUUCGGGGUGUCGGAGAUGCUGACGGCGGUGGGGCUGCUGGAGUUUUUCUACAAGCAGCCGCUGCCGGCGGAGGGGAUGCGGGCGUCGUUGACGGCGAUUACUUAUUGUUCUUACUCGUUUGGGUUUUUUCUGAGCUCGGUGCUGGUUUCGCUUGUGGAUAGAGUGACGGCGGCGGCGGGAGUGGGGUGGCUCACGGAUAAUAAUCUUAAUAAUGAUCGCUUGGAUCUGUUUUAUUGGUUGCUUGCGGUGCUUAGCUUUCUUAAUUUUCUUAACUAUUUGUUUUGGUCGAAUUGGUAUUCCGUUGGCUUUAAACAUGGAGGGAGUGGUGAUAUUAACGUUGUAUGAAUUUCAGUUUAUUGGAAUAAAUAUUGUAGAUAUAUGUCA